AUGCUGUGGUUACCACUGCUUUUCAUAGUUUGCGUCGGUAUUGGACCCAAGGUAUCCGUUUCGAUGUCCGUUGAAGGCCCUAGUGGUGGUGUUUCUGCUGGAAAAUCGGUGAUCGCUCAAGUCACUGGUGAAGGAGUGAUGAACAAUCCGACUGGGUGUGGACUAACUCCAGAUGGAGAGCUCCUGUCGGCGGCCAAUGCCCAACCCCUCCACGCGCACGAAGCCGUCAUUCCCCACGAUGAGGCGCCCGUGGCCGUCGCCCCUCCCGGACAAUCACCAGAUCAGUUGGCGCAACUAGUACAACAGCCGGGCAGCACUUGCCAUGGGGAGGUUGCGAUGAAUCGGGUCAAUGGUCUUUCGAUGAUGGCAGGAGAUUAUCUGCGAGAGGUCAUAUUAUGCGUGGGUCUGUUCGGGAUCGCUCAUUAUGUACUCUGGCAUACGGUUCCCGAUUCAAGAGAAUAUCUCAUGAGGACUCUUCUAAGAAGAUAUUCUUGA